CAUACCGUGCUCUAUCGACAAAACAUCGUGACACGUUUUUUCACCCCACUGAUUUGUCAUCCAAUCUGACGUUUUCUUACCGCAAGUGCGAAUAAUUUUUGAAAAAAAUGUUGAAUUUCCAACUGAUGACUGAACGAGAUCGAAGGGAAGCCGCAGCCAUCGAAAAACGAAGAGCACUAGAAGAGGAAAGGAAAAAGAGGAUUUUCAAUCCUCGUGCACGACUCAUUGGGGUAGAUGCUGAAAAUCUGAAAAAUCAAAUAGAAGAGAAGCGACGUGAAGAACUUGAACAGCAGAAAAUCAAUAGACUGUUUGAAGAGCAACUCACCAAAUCUGAUGCAAUAGCUGUUGCUCUAGAACAGAAAGAGAGAGAGGAGAGAAUCAAGCUACAGCAGGAGAUUAACAAUUAUCGGAAGAAUUACCAGAAACCAGAAGACAGGCGGGAAUUCGAUCUUAAUGAUCCGAAUUUUAUGAAGAAGGCGCUGCCGUGUCGAAUCAGAGAUGACGAUCCGAGAUUGGGCCCUUCAUCUGCUCAAAAGUUUGAAGGUGAAGACCUCUCUAGUGAUCAGCGAGCCAAAAUUCAACACGAAGAAAUAAGAGCUUGGUUAGAUCAGCAGAUGAGAGAGAAAGAAAAGGCGGAAAAAGAUAGAAAAGAUGCCGAAGAUGCUUACAAAGCUGCACUGAUAGCACGCGAUCAAAGAUCCUUAGAACUAGAAGCGAUGGAACGGGAAUGUAGAAAAAAGUUACAGGCUGCUUGCUUGAAGUUUAAUAAAGCAUUGGCCGAAGAGAAGCUAUGCCAGAAACAGAAAUUGGAACAUCAAACACGAAAUGAUAACCUAGCAGAAAUUUGUAACGCCAUGACCAGUGACAUGCUCACCGAAAAUCCAGAGGUAGCUCAAAGCAAUUUGGGAUUGGGAAGAAAAAUUGGUUUUCUUUAUAAAGGGAUGACCGAAGAACAGAAGAAGCAGAUUAGAAGAGAGCAAUUGGCUCAAAUCGAAGAAAUAAAGAAAAAAAAGGAGCUGGAAGAAAGAAUGAACGAAGAAAUGGAUGACUAUACGAAUGGAAUCCAAAAAACCAUAUACCUGAUGGAUCGUGAAUUGGAAUCUAAGCAAAGGCAGAGAAACAAGCAACUAGCAGAAGAAAACAAGAGAAUGGCGGAUGAACAAAACAAUCACAAGAAGUUUUUGGACAAAAUUGUGUAUUCAAAUGUUCCCACUGAAGCUUUCUAUGACCAAUUCAAUAGAUCAACUAGAUAAAAUAAAAUUCUUAUGAAAUUCG